AAACCCUCACAAGCCACUUGAACAUUCUCGUCCUCCUCCUCCUCUCCCCCCGACCCCCCUUCCGCAUCCACGCGAGCGAAGCCGCGCCGGCGAAGAGCAGGCGGACCUUCCAGAACCCUCCGAGCCCCCCUCCGCGGCCGGCAGCCAUGGCAACCGUCAUGCAGAAGAUCAAGGACAUCGAGGACGAGAUGUCAAAGACGCAGAAAAACAAAGCCACUGCACACCAUCUUGGUCUUCUGAAGGCUAAACUUGCAAAAUUACGGCGAGAGUUGCUCACUCCUACAACCAAAGGUGGUGGUGGUGCUGGUGAGGGGUUUGAUGUGACGAAAAGUGGAGAUGCACGUGUUGGUUUGGUGGGCUUUCCUUCGGUUGGGAAAUCAACAUUGUUGAACAAGCUGACAGGAACUUUUUCAGAGGUCGCGUCCUAUGAGUUUACAACUUUAACAUGUAUUCCUGGAGUUAUUAUGUACAAAGGAGCUAAAGUACAGCUUCUAGAUCUUCCGGGAAUCAUUGAAGGUGCUAAAGAUGGAAAGGGUAGAGGGAGGCAGGUCAUCAGUACAGCCAGGACAUGUAAUGUCAUUCUGAUUGUUCUUGACGCCAUAAAACCAAUAACUCACAAACGUCUCAUUGAGAAGGAGCUUGAGGGAUUUGGCAUUCGGUUGAACAAGACACCUCCCAAUAUGACAUUCAGGAGGAAGGAAAAGGGUGGCAUCAAUUUUACAUCAACAGUAGCAAACACACACUUGGACCUUGAUACAGUAAAAGCAAUCUGUAGUGAGUACAGGAUUCAUAAUGCUGAUGUCUCCCUGAGAUUUGAUGCAACAGCAGAUGACCUUAUAGAUGUCAUUGAGGGAAGUAGAAUCUACAUGCCUUGCAUCUACGUCGUCCAAUUAGGUGACACUUUCUUCUGUCUGUUACCUGCCAACAGUGCACAUCUGGAAUGGAACCUUGAUGGGCUUCUAGAGAUGGUCUGGGAAUACCUAGAUUUGUGCAGGCUAUACACAAAACCCAAAGGGCUGAACCCAGAUUACGAGGAUCCUGUGAUCUUAUCAUCCAAGAGGAAAACAGUGGAAGACUUCUGCAACCAAAUCCACAAGGACAUGGCGAAACAGUUUAAAUAUGCACUGGUGUGGGGUUCAAGCGUGAAGCAUAAGCCUCAGAGAGUCGGCAAGGAGCAUGAGCUUGAGGACGAGGAUGUUGUUCAGAUCAUUAAGAAAAUAUAAGCCACACGCCAUGGGGCGAGCGAUUCUGUUUUGCGGAUCAGGAAGGAGUUCUCAGCUAUGAAACUUUUUGAGAAGCAGCUACAUUAGGGCCCUUGUUCCUUUUGCUAGCUCUGAUGCCCCAUCGUUGGGCUGCUGUUUGCAUAAAAAUCCGGUUUCGAUCACAAGACAAAAUGUGGACAGUUUUUUAUUUAUUAGCUUGUGCCAAGUAACCAUAUGUAAUUGUGACUGAUGCCUGUCAUUGCACAACCGUCGAACACAUGGAAAGAUGCUUAUCUAUCUCGAGAAGAUGUUAAGAUGGUUCUUAUAAUGUCAGCAAGUGUUUCAGUUUGGUUA